AUGUGGGUAUUUUUUGUGGUGUUUAAAUUGGGUAAUGGGUGGGGGUUUUGUGGAUGUUUGGUUGUGGUUUGUUGGGGGGGUUUUUGGUGGAUGGGGUGGGGAGUGGGGUUAAGGGAGAGGAAAGGGAGGGAUUAUGGGGGGGGGAAUGGUAGUAUGGUUGUGGGUGGGGUGGUUUUUGGGGGGGGGGGGGGGGGGUUUUUUUGUUUGUGGGGGGGUUGUUGGGGAUUGUUGUGGGGGGGGGGGGGGGGGGGGGUUUUGGUAGUGGAGUUGGGGGGGGGUUGUUAUUUUAAUUGUUGGGUUGGAUAUUGGGGGUGGGUUUGGGGGUGGGGGGGUGGGGGGAUGAGGGGGAUUGGGUUUUAUGUGAAUGGGGGGGUGAUGGGGGAUGAGAUCAUCCGCACCCGGGAGCGCAGCAACGACUUUCAAACGCGCGGGCGAGGUGUACUUUGCGUCACUGCUGACAGUGCUCUUCACGGGAAGCUGGAAUAUUACACCCGACAUCAUGAGGACGCGUGCUGCGGAAUCAAGUGUUUACUCACCACACAGCAGCGUGGCCACGACUGGACCCAUGUCUGA